AUGAUCACCGAAGUAUGGCGGUACCUGCUUUCCGCGGAUCACGCCUCUCUGGUUCGUGGCCUGCCCCGCCUGUCAUCGAACUAUUUGGGGCCGGUUCCAAAAUUUGCGGAGUUGGGCCUUUCCACAUUGAGCCAUGUGGAUCCCUUCAUCAGAGCGGACAGCGGGGAGCUCUCCGUUCGUUUGGCCUACCAGCAGAAUCUACCGCUAAAAUGGCGCACAAAACUUACCUUUGCCACAAAUGAUGUUUCCGAAGACUGCUCCAACAUGAUUCUCCAGCAGACGAAGGGGAGCGAGGUCUUCUUUCUCCUCCGAUUUCCAAAACCCGGAUUUUUCAUGCUGCAGCUCUACGCCAUGCCUGUUAAUGACCGCAGCAAUUAUCUGCCCAACGUGUACAACUAUCUGGUUGAGGCCUCCAACUGCCAUUGGUUGCACGGUCAGGUGAUGCCGUUUCCGAAACAGUUUGAUCACUGGUGCCGCGGUUGCUACCUAAAGACUCCGACCGAUGGCAUACUUGGUCUGGAUGACAAUGGCAGGUUGAGCCGUGAACCCCCACGUAGUCAGUCAUUCAACGUCCGUGUACCAAACGUCACUGCCGUAGCCGUGGUCGUGGGUGAUAAAUGGACCCAAUUGGACUCCGAGGGUGACCGGUGGAAGGGCAAAGUACACAUGAAAGAACACUGGGGCACUAAGCAAAAACUGACCGUCUAUGCUAAAUACGCCGCCGACGAUACCUCCUACAACAGCCUACUCGAGUACUCCCUGGCUAUGUGA